AACCUGACACACCUUGCCCAACAUCACAAUCAAUAUAUGUACCAGCUGAAGGUGCUAAUUGUAUAGAUAAAGUUUGUGUGAACUUGGCUGGAGGCAAGUGAGCAAUUUGGUCAGAAGACUUGCUCUUAAAGCCAGAUCUUAUUCUCACUGAUGGCUACCUAGUAGAAGAUUGGCUACGUAUUGAACUUGAUCCAGACAUUCAAGCUGUAGUGGCUGGUUUUGAUGAACACUUCAACUACUUGAAGAUGAUGAAAGCAGCAAGUUACCUUUUUAAUCCGAACUGUAUUUUUAUUGGAACUAAUGAAGAUGCCUUCCUGCCAGUUCCCAAAGGUCACAUAACUAUUCCAGGCACUGGCUGUUUGGUGGCUGCUGUUGCCAUGGCUGCACAGAGGAGUCCAAUUUACAUUGGAAAACCUCACAAACCGAUGUUUGAAUUGCUCCAGAAGAAGCAUGGUCUUGAUCCGGGUCGGACAUGUAUGAUUGGAGACAGCCUGAAGAGUGACAUUCGUUUUGGCUUCAACAAUAACUUACUAACUUUGCUUGUAUUGAGUGGAGCAACCAAGAAAGAACAAUUCAAUGAGCUACAGAAGAGAUCAGCAGAAGGUUUUAGUGGUGACAUGAUAAUGCCGCAUUACUUUUGUGAUAGUAUUGCUUCCCUUAUUAGCUGAUUGGACAAUUUAGCAAAACAGCUGUCUAUACAUCCAUCUUUCUGUAUUGCUUGUUUGUCUUCUAUAUAUCAGAAAUGUUUAUUGACGUUUGUAUGUUAAUUUGUUGUUUGAAUAGUUGUAUAUUUUAUAAUACUAUUUCAUUGGGUUUUGCUCUUGAUAAGGUUCAUGUGUAGUUUUAAGGUUGAUUUGAUUAGUUGUUAGUUAUGAAUAUCUGCAGUAUGUGGUAUGAUCAUGA